AUGGAGGGGAGGGCCGCGGCAGCACCAGUCGGGUUGGUCGACAGCGGCAGUGGUAACGCCCAACGCUUGCUAAAGAAGGAGAACGCAAGACUCCAGGCCCUGGUGUCCGAGCUCCGCGCUGCUUCCCCCAGCGUCGCUCGCCUGACCGACCUCGCCGUGUGGAGAGAACGAGAGGCUUUCGAGGAGAAAAAGAACAGAGCGCUGGUCCUCCUGCGGAAAAAAGAUGCCAAGAUCCGGGAGCUUGGCGAAGUCGUGGCCAAGCGCAACAAUAGCGCCAGACAGAGAGCUGCACUCGAAAAAUCGGUGGCGGCGGCAGGUGUCGGUGAUUGUGAUGCCAGGGGCGGGGGCGCGAAUAACAAGAUGAAAAACAACACAUCCGCUACUGCCGGAGUUGUUGAGAUGCUGGAGGGGCGUGUCGAGGAACAGGCGGACCAAAUAGAGGCUUUGCUCCAGGAGGUGAUAAGGCUGCGGUCUGCCACUGCACCCGACAAUGCCUCUCGCACCACAGUCACCGAAGGCGAAGAGGGGAGGGGCGAUGCCGUACACCCCAUUUCCCGCGGCGGUCGGGGGUCCGUGUCGACCCAUCGCCCCCCGCUGUACUCGGAGUACGAUGCCUGCGCUGACGACGAAGAGCGGCGAGAGGGUAUGGGGGCACCGCGAAAGGGACCGGCACCGGAAAGGGUGGCGACGGGUGAUCUCCCCUCGGAGGUGUCUCGGCUUGAGACGGUCGCCUUAUCCCGGAAGGACGCGGCCUUGAAGCAAGCCACGGCAGAGCACCGCGAGCGCGAAGCGAGGCUCAGAGACAGGGUUCGGGCGCUGGAGCGCCUGCAGGAGACUGCGCGUCGCACCGUGCUCGACCGAGAAGAGCGGCUAAGGAAGGCGGAGGCAACGGUAGCGGAGGCGUCGGUCACUGUCGCCGCCGCCGCCGGUACGCCGCCCUCCUCCCCCCCCCUCAACGCCGAGCAAGGCGUGACUGGGUUCGAGGCAGCGCCGGCCGGGGUUCCUCCUCCUCCUCCUCCUGCCGGUGCUGAUGGCGGGACUCUCCGCGGUGCGGCGGAGCCUGCGACAUCGGGAGGCCGCGGUCCCGCUGCAGAGGAGAGAGAAGCGGAAGAUUUCGCCGCCAAUGAGUGGUGGUUGCACCUGGCGGAAGCCGAGAGGAGGCGCGCGGAGAGGGAAGCUGCUGGCAGGGCAAGCGCGGCCGCUCAUGGUGGUGGGGGCGUCGCCGAGGGUGGGGACGGGGCAGGAGGGAAAGAAGCGCGGCGGCUGCACCGGCUGCUCGAGGAGCAAGGGUUGGAGGUCGUAGCCCUGCGCCAGAGAGUGCUGAAAGCGGAGAUCCUUGCGAGGACUAGGGACAGCGGUCGUCGCGACGAGGAGCGUUCGGCUAAGGAGGAGGCCAAGGAGCGUGAUGGGCUGAAGGGUGUCGGCGUUGAGGGCUCGUCGACGAAGACGCAGAAGCUCGUCGAGAGUGCGGACCUGGCGGAGAUGGAAGGUCGGGUUGCGGAUCUUCACGCGCGGGGAGACACCCGCGAGGCGCUGAUGGUCGCCCGUGAGACGAUGUCGGCGCUGAAGUUGGCCUUGAUUCGGACGGAGGGGAAAGUCGAGCUUCACGCGCAGCUGUUGAGAGACGAGAAGCGGCGGUCGGUGGCAUCGUUGUCAAGAGCUGAAGACCUCCAGGGGGAGGUGGACAGGAUGGCGGUACAACAGACUCUUGAUGGGGUUGCGGGGGGCACCGUGAGCGCGCUGGCGCUGAUAGACCGCUUCGCCGGGACGCUGUACCGGCAAUCCCGCCGCGUCAAGGUGUGUACGGUGCCGGUUUGCGAGAUCGUGAAACGGUCAGCGGCAACGAUUGGGUCUUUGGCCCGUGGAGGCGCGUGGUGUCUCCGCCCUCACCGCGUUCCGUCAACGAGUUGCUGCACGAACGAAAAUGUUACAGACAUCGUGUGUCUCACAAAAUCUUGCGGCUUGUUUGACACCGGUAUCGGCACCAAGAGGGACGGGCGGAUCCCCCGCCAGAAUGAAGCGGGCACAAGAGCCUGGCGGUCGGACAUGGAGGAUCAAGUUUGGGCGAUGCGGAACCGAUGCGCUCGACUGGCCCGGCUCGCGCGAGGCGACACCGCGGACGGUGGUAGCCCUUCCGGUGCCGCGGCCGCUCCCGCCGCUGCCAGCGGAGCUGGACGCUCAGGUGCACCGGGAAGACCACUGUCUGAAGGGCGGCGAGAGGAGGACGAGUGCUGGGUCACGGCCGGAGUGCAGGAGGCGGCGGCGGCCAUGGAGGCCGGCCGUCGGAGAGCCCUGGAGCAAGAGGUCGAGAGCCUGAGGAACGAGGUUUUAGCCGAGCGCCGACGUGCAGACGCGGCCGAACUCGAAGCCAGGGACGAACGCCGCCUCCGGUCGCUCGCCGCCCCCGCUGGCGGUGGUGGCGGCAGCAGCAGCAACAGCCAAGAUUAUACCAUCAACUUCGCCAACACGGGCGACGAGGCCGCGCUUCGCCGGAAGCUGGAGUUCGCCGCCGGCGAGAUCGAGGCGUUGCGCACCCAUAACAGGGACCUCCGCAGCCAGGUUCAGUCCGGCUGGUGGUCCUGGAGGCCUAGCUCUUCUGAAGCGGGAGCCGACAACGACGAGAGCGAGCCUUUGAGCGGUGGCGGCGGCGGUGUGGAAGAUGAAGAACGCGGGCUUCUAGACGGUCUUGUCUCUUCCGGUGCUUGCGCGGCGGCGGAGGCGGCGCUGAAGGAGAUCGACGCCACCGGUGGUGGUGGUGGUGGUGAUGGUGAUGAUAGCAACGUCUCGAUCGAGGUGGACCGACUCACCUCCCUGCUGUCGGAGAAGGACGUGCAGAUUGGUGUGCUCACCUCCACCAUCGAGGCGCUCCAAACCUCGCCCGCGUUCGCCCCCCCGCCGCCGCCUAGAAAGGGCGGCGUGGCGGCACCCAGCGCUAACAUCGACGGCGCUGCCGUCGGGGCCUCCAGCCCGCGGCUUCGGACAGAUCGGGAGACCGCCCGCAAGCCAACUAGCAGGGGUUCGUUGAAGUCCUUCUGGGCCGCCGACGUUUCUGGCUGCGGUAUGGACGACGGGGAAGAAGGGGUAGGGGCCCUCAACCACGUCGGGGCGCAGGGCUUGGCGAGGCGGUGCGUGGCGCUCACCGUGCGUCUCACCUCGGCCUUGGCUCGCGAGGGCCGGGCGGAGAGGCGGGCGGAAAGACUCGCGGCGGAGGCGGGGCGGCGGGAUAGGAAGACCAGGGCGGCGGCGAGGGCGGAGGAAGGCCAGGCGAGGCGCAACCGUGCCUUGGAGAACGCCGCGAGGAAGACCGCCGCCGCGCUGGGCAGCCUUCGUGCGGAGAGCGCUGCGAGGCUUCGGGAGGCGGGAGAGGAAGCGUCUCAAUUGCGGAGGGCCCUUCGAGACGCCGAGCUCGGUGCUGACGACGCUUGCCAACGGUUAGCGUCAUCGAGGGCCGAGUGCCACGCACUGGCCGUCGAGCUCCGAGAAAGUCGCCAACAUCACCGCGAGGAAGUUCUCCGUCUCUCGGAAGCGCACGACGCGAGGAUAAAGGAAUGCGCCGAGCGGUUGUCCCUCGAUGGCGCCUCCCUUCCGCAACCGCCGCUGGUCGGUCACGGUACGAGAGGAAGGCGGCGCGGGGCGACUGCGACGGUAGCGGCUUCCGUGGCAUCGUCGCCGGUGGCCGCCGCGAUCGCCGAGCUCGCGGCGCAGUGGCGCGCUUUUGUUUCGAACGGCAUGGGCGACGACUACGAGAACGACGGCAACAACAAGAGUCGUCGUCGCCGCCGGCAGCGAACUUCGGCAUCCGCCGACGUCGCAGGCCCGAGCGGUGGUGGGUACCGUCGGGGAAAAGAAACGGUGGUCCCUGGCGGCGGCGGCGGCGGCAGCAGCAAAGGAAUGGUUAUCUCGGAGCGUCAACUCACCGCGACGGCGAUGUUCCUGCAGGAGACCGCCGUCCGCCUCGACAGCGAGUGCUCCCGCGCCGUCCGCCGAGCGCGGGCGCUGGAGUGGGAGCUCGCCCGCGCCCGGCGGGGGCAGCUCGACGCCACCACCGCCCUGGAGGAAGCACGGGAAGAAGUCUGUCGCCUGUCUGCUCGCACAGCGGUGGCGGAAGCUUCCGUGGCCGCCGCUUCCGCCGCCGCCGCCGCGGUCCCGCCCGCAGGCCAGCUUUCCUACGCCGGCCACCUGGCAGAGUCUUCCUCCUCCUCUGCGUUGCCCGGCAGUGGUGGUGGCGGCAGCGGCGGGAUUCGGUUCGGCGGCGACGAUGCCGGCGAGGAGGCGUCAACGGGGACGGGGAGAUGGAACUACUACACCGUCGCGGCUGUCUCGCUGUUGGAGAAGCGGUUUGCGGCGGCGGUGGAGGACCUCGUCGCCGCGGGGGCGGGCCGAGCGGCGGCCGUCGCCGGGGAGGCGGCGGCGAACGCCCGGGCAGACGCGGCGGAGGCGGGUGCGAGGGAGUCCCUCGCCCGCGCCGACCUACUCGCCGCGGACCUGGAGCGGCACAAGGUGUCGGCGACGAUGAGGCAGGAUGGGGCGGCGGCGGAAUGGAGGAGGGAGAUACGAGCGGAGCUCGGGCGGUGGUGGAAGGACGACUUGCUGGCUCUCCACAGCGGUGUGGUCCUCGACUGGGGGAGCGCGGGCGCGGCAGACGCCGCAGCGGCGGCGCUGACAAGGAAGAACAAGAAUAUGCCCGUCGAUGGUAUCGGCGGCGGUGGCGGCGGUUUCACGAGCGGCAGCCGGUACUCGGCAAACCCUGACUCGGAGGGCGGACACGCCACCGCUAGCAUUGAGAGAACCGAGCAUGGCGUCUCCGGCGAGGAGGCCAUGGCGCAGGCUCUUAUCGCUGGCCGCGAGGAGCAGGCUCACCUGGAGGACCGCCUGCAGCUCAGCGAGCGUCGUGUUGAGAAGCUCUGCGGGGAAACGCUUCGCCUUCGUGCCACCCUCGAACGCUGGCACACAGAAUUCGUGGCACCGGCCCUUCAAAAAGCGCAGGUGUGGGAGAGGCGGGGUGUACUGCCACAUCCCGGUGAUGUGGGGGGCGCCGCCUUGGAGGCUCCACAGCGAGGACCAACGGCUGCAGCCACGGUGGCGGCCGUGGACGGGAAAAGCGUGCUCGAGAGGAAACUCCUGGAGGCGACGGCCGGUUUGCUCGGGGUCCGCGAGGAGGCCAUGGGUCUCCGGCGGGAGGUGGCGUCGCUACGGGCCCUCGUGGCAAGGCUGCGAGAGGAUGAGAAUGAUGCCCGGGAAACAGCGAGGCGUCGGGUCGAGUCCGCGCGAGAAGCUUCUCGCCGGAGGGCCGACGGAGACCUCAAAGACGCCGCUGAACGGCUGGAGGAGGAGCGCGAGCGGUUCAAGGCGCAGCUCGGAGCCGCCCACGCGGAGAUCUUGCGGCUUGGCGAGGAGGCGACGGAAUCGGAGAGGCGGCGAAAUUUGGACAAGGAGCGGCGUAAUCGCCAAGCAAGCGCGGCGAGGCUAUGUUCUACCGGCGAGCAUGGUGGUGUUGGCGACAACGGGCCGUCGGGGGAGGGGUCGACCACCGUCGAUGACGGUGGUGUAGGAGGGAGAACUGGCGGCGGCGGCGGGGGCGGCGGCGGUGGCGUUAUUUUGGAAGAAAGAACGGGGGUGCCCACCGGCGGGCGAAAGCGUCCGGCGAAUGGAAACGGACGGGAGGGAGGAGGGGCUGGGGGGGAGCAGAUAGAGAGAGAGCGGGCGCUUCGGCGGGAGGUGGAGGGAGAGAGGGAGGCACUGAGACGGAUGUGCAACGGGCUUGCCGUGGACCUGAAGGGGGCUGUCGAGGCUAGGUCGGAGGCGAAUGAUGAGCGGGAGGCUCUUGUUCAGGAGGCGGCAAGGGCGAAAGCCGAAGCCAAACUGGCCGGGCUCGCGCGAGAGAACCUCGAAGCAGCUCUCAAGGAGCUCGGUCACCUUUUGGAGUUCGCGAGGGAGACGGCAGGGGCUACGCGGGAUGCACCUGUGGGGCAGGGGGAUGACGAGGGCCGACCGCUCCAUGCGGCCGGCCUUUCCGGUUGGGACCGUUCUAAAGUAGAGGCCCAGAGGUUCGCAAGAGUCAUGGUAGCUGCCAAGGUGGCAGAAGCCGACCUCUUGCGGCGUCUGCAAGGCGCAGCUUCCGCAGAGGCCGAACUCCGACACCUCAUCCGUCGAAGAGACAUUCGGAUCGAGGAGCUCAAGCGCGACCUGGCAACAUUUGACAGGCUAGGGCGGUCGAUGUCCGGCGGGAGCGGCAGCGGCAGCAACCGCCACCACCACCACCAGCGCCUCAGCCUUCGGGAGUCGGGGUCGAUUGGCUCUCCAGGGAAUGUUUCGGGAGCGGCGGCGGCGACGGCGGCGGGAGAUACGGCAGCACGUGGCAGCCAGGCGAAAGCCGUGGCGAGCGAGCGGGCGGCGAAGGAGGUGGCGUUGACGGCGACCUUGAAACACCUUGAGCUCGAGCUGGCGGAGGCGUCGGCGAGGGGGGAAGUCGGGGACGCGGUCACUCGAGCGGCGGAGCGUUUCGCGUUGCGACUGUUACCAGAGGCCGAGAGCAGUGGCGGUGGUGGUCGCGGCGCGUGGAACAGCAAGGGGUACUGCACCGCAUGUGGGUUGACCCCCGAACGAGCAAGGCGCCCGGUGGCGAAUCUAGCUGAUUCUGGACGCGGGGCGUUGUUCUUGGUGCCCAGCGCGGAUGUCGAGCGAAAGGCCACGCUAGCAGCAUCGUCGGCCGCGUUGGAUGCGGCGACCGAGGCGCAACCCGAGACACCGGCAGCCGCAGCUGGCAACAGCAGUGCUUCCGCGGACAACGACGCCGGCGCCGUAGAGACGUCUCCCGCCCGGUCGGCAGCACGCACGACGUCGGCAGACACUCCUACUCGAACUGCAGGAGAAGGAGAGAGAAGGAAGCGGGUGUCUUCCCCCUCCACUGCAGCCGCGCUUGGGCUUAGCAGCGGUGUGCAGUCGCUGGAAUCCAACCUGGCGCGCUUGGAGGCCAUUGUUGCCGGCAACGGUCCGGCUGGGGUAGCAGAGAGUAAAGAUGGAGCACCCGAUGGCCUCGGGUGGAUUCGAUCGGGUUCUGCUCAUGGAGGAACGGUGGUGGAAGCCGCGUGGGCGGAGGCCGUGCGCGGGCUGAGGGCGCAAGUGCUCGACCUGGGCCAUCGGGCGGAGGUCACCAAGGAACUGCUAGAGGUGGGAUCUAACAACGGCAUCUGUGCUUGCCUCAAAGGGCAGACGGAGGAACGAGCGGCGAAGGGCAACCUGGACGAGGAAGUGCUCCGGUUGCGGACGGAGCUCCUGAGACAGCAGCGGAGCUACUGGCAAGCGACGGCCAAGCUCAAAGAAAGGUACGAACGCGCCCGUCACGAAGACAACGAGCAAGAAGGCAACGAGGAGGAUGAACCGGUGCCUCUCGGUGUUGCCGCCGCUGCUGGAAGUCACGAGACGACCGUAUCGUCGGAUGCACGAGGAACGCCAGCAGACGAGGACGAACAGGGGACGGCUGCGACGGGGGCAAGGGCGCAGGAGCAGGAGAAGGAAGAGGAGCAGCAGCAGCAGCAGCAGCAGAACCGGUCGUUUCUGGCGGAGGUCGAAGAGCGGCUACGGGACAGAACGCGGGAACUGCGACAAGUCCGGCGCCUGCACGCUAGGGAGGCGAAGGAAGUCGCGGCGGAGCUUGCCCGGGUGGUCGAGGCUCACCGAGCCAGAGUUGCUAUCCUCGAGGAGAAGCUGAGACGAACCACGCGAAAGAUAAAGGCAAUGGCUCGGCCGAAACCGAAGACUGCCACGAAGAGGGGACGGGAGUCGGUGCGCGGUGGCGGCGGUGACGCUGGCGGUUAUCAUUGUGCUUUCUCUUCCAGUACUCCGCUCUCGACAGAUGAGCUGCUGAACUUACUCGCCGCGGCCGACGAGGAGGUGUUUGAAGCGAGGUCCAGGACGCAACGGCUCGAGUUCGAGCUCCGCGCGAAGACCGCUGAGGCGGACGCUCUCCUUCGGGAAGACGGAGGUCUUUUCGCCGCAACCCCCGUUCCAACCGAGAAGGUUGGCAUCGAAGGAGCGGGCGACGGCCAGGUAAGUGCGCUUGACAUUUCUCCCUCUUGUGCCACGGACACCACCAUAGAGAGCACCGGGAAGGCUACCGGUCUUGCGAGCGUGGCCUGCGCCGCCCGCCUGGCCGCAGCCGAGGCCGAAGUGGCGACGUUGAGGGAAGAAAGCCUGGCUGCCAGAGAGCUCGUGGUCAGAGCGCAACGGGAGUCUGCCGCUCUGAAGCUGGCCGCACACAGGAGGACGGCCGACCGCGCGGACGGGAGUCGGUCCAGAGAGAAAGAGCUGCGCCGUCAAGUGUCGGCGUACAAACGCGAGGCGGAGAGGCUUCGGUCGACGGCUACAGCGGCAUCGGCUCUUGCCCCCACUACAGGGAAGCAUGGCGGAGCAAGGAAAGGAGGAGGGGGCGGAGCAGCAGCAGCAGCGGCAGCUGGGGGGGAUGCCGAAACGGCAGCCCUGAAACUUCGGACGCAGCAGUUGGGCGCCAUGCGAGAGGAGUCAGAGCGGAGGGGGCGGGCGAUCGUCGCCCUUCGAGCGGCCAAAGCUGCUCUCGGCGAGGACCUUCGGCGACUGCGACAGGAGGCGGCGGGCCAAGAAGAAAAGCUUGCUAGGGCGUACAGGGACGCGGGCGUCAAGGGCAACACGGUCAAGGCCCUCCGAGAGAAAGUCACCGCGCUUGAGGCCGAGAUCCUGGCGCUUCAGUCUGCGAGAACGAACGCCAACGCCAUCACUUUGGGUGGUCGAGUUCUGUCUGCCGAAGCAAAAGGGGGGAGCCUUCCUGCUACUGACGCCGUCACGGCGGACUGCCCCGGUGACGCUGUCGGGGCAGCGUUACAGCCGUCAGUCCCUCUUUGCGACGUCCAGACGGCCACGGUGCGAGAUCUGAGGGCCGAGCGUGACCGCUUGCGGGCCAGCAUGCGCGGGUGGCACGGGUCGCUGUCCAAAAAGACAGCGGAGAUCGACGCGCAGGUGGCGGAGCUCCAGAGGUUGGAAGCGGAGGCCGGGACUCUCCGUGCCGCGGUCGCGAGGAAGGACGACGCCUACCGUGCCACCAAGAAGCAGGCGAGUUUUCGCCUCCGCGAGGAGUACGAGCAGUUCAAGGAUUCGAGCCAUCGCUGGCGGGCGGACGCGGAGGCCAAGUGGAGAGGUCUCAGGCGGGCCAGCGAGGCCGCCGCCAGGAGGGCCAAGGACAGCGAGAAGAGCGGAGACGCGGCCGAGCUAGAGCUCGCCGCGCUCAAGUCGGCCUUCCGCUCCUUCCUCAAGACCCUGUGGGACGACCUGAGGUCUCGCCCCCCCGUUGCCUCGCCUGCUGCCGGCGCCGCCGAUGCCUGCCCUGCUGCGCCCGACGUGGUGGGCGGCCACGCUGGUAAAGCAGGUAUCGACAGCAGCGCCAAGGCUUCUGCUGGGCAGCACGGGAGUGGGGGUGGCAGCGCCUCGGGAGACGGGAGAUCUGGCGAAUGUGCGAAGAGUUGGACACGAAAGGGAGGUGAUGCUGCGGCGGCGCCGACAUCGACAGGGUCGUUGCCCAUCAACGCCGCCGAGAGACACAAACAAGGAGACGCGGAACAAGAGAUGUUUGUGGGGCUGGCGAAAGCAACGGCGGCUAUAGCGGCUGCAGGAGGGGGUGGCGGUGUUGAAGUUUCUCAUGUAGGACGAGGAGGAAAGGGAGGAGGAGGAGGAGGAGGAGGGAGUCCGUUUGGAGAGCUUACCGAAGCCGAGGUUUCCGACAUCAUGCAAGCGCUCAGCUUGAGCGACGACAAGGGAGGAUCCCGCCUGCUGCUGUCCUCAUCCUCGUCACCGUCGUCAUCGUCGUCGUCUUCGUCUCUCUACUGCACCGCUCACGUUGCAGCGGCGGAGCCGACUCGGAUGGAAAUUGCCCCCUUGACAUCGCAGCAGCAGCAGCAGCAGGAAAUUGUGGAUGGGCGUGUUGAAAGACCAACGGAGACAGCCCCCCCGCGUCCGCAGCGGGACGGGAAGUUGGAGAAGAGAGGUUUCCCGGACGGGAGCGGAGAAGUUGGAAAUGAGAAGGAGCCUAACGCCGAGCACAAUAGCACGGAAUCCGAAGGGACGACAGCAUUCACAGACAGGGUGGAGUCGGCGUUGGGGGGUUCGAACACAUCCGCAGAUCUCGCGGAAGUGCUUCGCUCGUUGCGCGCUUCGGGUUUGUCGAAGACGGUGGCCGACAUCGCUGUGGAUGAUGAGUCUAUUUUCCGGUCAACGUCGCUUGUUGUACCGCAAGAACCAACGAGACCGUCGAGGUCAUGGUCGCAGCCUUCCUUCCACCCCGCUGCCGCCGCGGGGCAUCCGCUUGCUCCGGGAGGCAGAGAUCCCGGUGACACUGUUGAGCGAUUGUCGUCGUCGCGCGACGGCACAUCUCCUGCUCUUGGGGGACCGGUCCUGUUGGGCGAUCGCUGGGGCGGCACCGGGAGGACGCUCAGUCCUCUAGAGGAAGAAACGUCGGUGGGCUCGCUGGCGGAGACCGCGGCGUUCGGUGGCUUAGUUGGCGACAACUCCGAACCGCUUCUGGUGGGGGAUUUAGCGUCACCGUCGUAGGGUACGCAGGAGUCGACCGGUGAAACACGGCUGUUGCUGAUCACGCCAUGGGGACCCGCCCCGUGUUUUACACACAAAUACAUAUGUAACUGUAGGUCCCUGUCAAGCCCCCGGCCGCCACUUGUGCGUCCUGGUUCGUGAAUCCUGUACCUUCGAAAGGCAUCGAAGUCUUAGCUUAUCCUGGAAAAGACUACU